CGCAGGUGGCAGCGCGCCUACCGUGAGCACGGCUGCAGGAGUCCCGGAGGUCCGUGCUCGGCGCAGGCAUGAUCGGCCAGAAGACCCUAUACUCUUUCUUCUCUCCGACCCCCACAGGGAAGCGGACCACGCGCAGCCCGGAGCCGGUCCCAGGGAGCGGAGUGGCGGCCGAGAUCGGCGGCGAUGCCGUGGCCAGCCCCGCCAAGAAGGCCCGGGUGGAGCAGAACGAGCAAGGCUCGCCGCUCAGCGCCGAGCAGCUCGUCCGCAUCCAGAGGAACAAGGCCGCGGCGCUGCUCAGGCUCGCCGCCCGCAACGUGCCUGCCGGCUUCGGCGAGAGCUGGAAGCAGCAGCUGUGCGGGGAGUUCGGGAAGCCGUACUUCGUCAAGCUAAUGGGAUUUGUUGCUGAAGAAAGGAACCACCACAAGGUCUAUCCGCCCCCGGAGCAGGUGUUCACAUGGACCCAGAUGUGCGACAUCCGAGAUGUGAAGGUUGUCAUUCUGGGACAGGAUCCCUAUCACGGACCUAAUCAAGCUCACGGGCUCUGCUUCAGUGUCCAAAGACCAGUUCCACCCCCGCCCAGUUUGGAAAACAUUUUUAAAGAGCUGUCUACAGACAUCGAUGGUUUUGUUCAUCCUGGCCAUGGGGAUUUGUCAGGGUGGGCCCGACAAGGUGUCCUCCUCCUCAACGCCGUCCUCACUGUCCGCGCCCACCAAGCCAAUUCCCAUAAGGAGAGGGGCUGGGAGCAGUUCACGGACGCGGUCGUGUCCUGGCUGAAUCAGAACCUGAGUGGCCUCGUCUUCCUCCUCUGGGGCUCUUAUGCUCAGAAGAAGGGCAGUGUCAUUGACAGGAAGCGUCACCAUGUCCUGCAGACAGCUCACCCCUCCCCGCUGUCGGUGCACAGAGGGUUCCUGGGAUGCAGACAUUUUUCUAAAGCCAAUGAACUGCUCCAGAAGUCUGGCAAGAAGCCCAUCAACUGGAAGGAGCUGUGACCCGCCCACCCGCCCACAGGCCGCAUCUGUCCACAGCGGUGCUUUCAGCUGCCGCCGCAGCUUUUGCUGGUUAAGUUCUAAGUUCCUUGUGUGAGUGGAGAAAUGACACGGAUAGAUCUCUAUAGGACCAUCAUGAGCCAACCAGGACACAGAAACUGCAGCUCUGGCAGGCAGAACCUCUUGCCUGGCACUAGGUUUGAACUCUCCAGGCCCGGCCAGGUGGCUGUUGAGACACACCUACUUCUCAGACCAGCGGACACACCCUCGGUCCCGUGUGCUGCUCUGGGGUGGGAGGAAAGAUCUGCACCUUUGGACCAGCAGUUUGGUGCCUGCUGCUGUCCGCUUUAUCCUUUAGAGUUAGAGAUUUCAAAGUGUGUGUGUGUGUGUGUGUGUGUGUGUGUGUGUGUGUGUGUGUGUGUGCUUCAAAAGGCCCUUUUGUCUGGAAAGGAACCCUUGGGUGUUGGUGAGUCCUGAGAAGUCUGGCUUACAACUGAAUGAGCUUCCUGAUCACAAAGGGGGCGGGGUUCUCCCUGGGUUCACAGUGGCCGCUCUCCACCCUGCGUCUUGCCUUUGCCUUUGCAGGCUCCGAAGUUGAGCGAAGCAGGAAUGGGAUAGAUUUGUUUUUAAGUGAGGGUGGGUGGGUUUCCUGGUGGCGGUGGAGUUGUUUCCUCCUCUCUGCAGACAGCAGACUGCCGCGCUUGGUGUGUGUGGUGCUGGGGAUCUAACUCCAAGGUGCUGUUUCUUAGGGGCUGAGUUCACACAAGUUGUCUUUCUGCAACACUGGAGAACGUUAUUUUUUUUUACAAGGUAGGCAGGUACAGUAAUUUCUUUUUCAUGCUUUUCUGAAAGACAAUCUUCACUGAGUUUACAAGCUGGAUUCCGUGAGUCCAGCUGGUUAGAGCCGUGGCCUGCCUGACCAGGCUAAUAAAAGAUGGUUGACAAUUG